GAUCAUUGGUUGGGAUUGCGAAGGGGUCUCGUGAUGUGAUGGCGCUUUUUGGCGCCAUUACGUUGCGAGAAAGCUUCGGGAAUUGUGUCUUGCGGCAAAAAUCGGAUUUUGCACACUGGGUACGUGAUCAACACAAAGAUUGGUGUUGCGUUGGUACUUUACUGAUAGAUGCUAUGAGGAUGAAAAGGAAAGGAAGUGAGUGUGACGAGUCCUCGAAAUUGACUGACAUUUUGAGAUCCAAUCAUGGGUCUCCGUCGUCCAAUUUUGAGACCCAUUAUUCGAUGGAAGAUUGUUCGAGGUUGAAGAAGAGGUGUAGAGAAAAUACUAAGAUAGACUCAGCUGGUUCCUACAAGAGUAGGGUGGCGGGUUUUGCCACUGCUCCUCCUUGUGGGACAUUGUCUCUGAUGACCGUGGGAAGAGGCCUAAAGAGGAAGAUAGGUUGCAUUGACGUGGCUACCCAGAUGGGGAGGAAGAACAAGAUUGAAGAUGAUUAUGUUACUGGGGUGAGGAUCGGGCAAGGAAAGUAUGGAUCUGUUUCGUUGUGUAGGUCUCUUGUUGGCGGCGCGGAGUAUGCGUGUAAGACUCUGAAGAAGGGGGAUGAGACUGUUUACAGGGAGGUGGAGAUAAUGCAGCACUUGUCUGGGCAUCCUGGGGUUGUGACUCUGCUGGCAGUGUAUGAGGAAGCUGAUUGCUCUCAUCUGGUGAUGGAAUUGUGCUCUGGGGGAAGACUUGUCGACCAGAUGUUUAGGGAGGGCCCUUGUUCUGAACAGCGGGCUGCUAAUAUACUUAAGGAAGUGAUGUUGGUCAUCAAGUAUUGUCAUGAUAUGGGAGUUGUGCACAGAGAUAUCAAGCCUGAGAAUAUUCUGCUUACUGCUUCGGGGGAAAUAAAGCUUGCUGAUUUUGGCCUGGCCAUGAGAAUUUCUAAGGGUCAGAACUUGACGGGUUUGGCUGGGAGCCCUGCAUAUGUUGCACCAGAAGUGUUGUUGGGUAGAUACUCAGAAAAGGCGGAUAUAUGGAGUGCUGGAGUGCUCCUGCAUGCUCUGUUGGUUGGUGUUCUUCCAUUCAAAGGGGAUUCACAAGAAGCAGUUUUUGAGGCUAUUAAGAAUUCCAAGCUAGAGUUCCAAACCGGGAUGUGGGAAUCAAUAUCUAAACCUGCACGAGAUCUUGUUGGGAGAAUGCUGACAAGGGAUAUUUCAGCAAGGAUAACAGCUGAUGAA